AGCGCGGCGAACAGUCGUCUCGCGUCGCGGAUACGCGUCGCACGCCGCGCAAAGGAUAUCCCGAACCUGGGGAGAGAAUCCUCCCAAAGAUACGCGCUCACCUGCGCUUUCUUUCUCUCUCUCUCUCUCUCUCUCUCUCUCUCUCUCUCUGUCUCUCUGUCUGUCUGUCUGUCUCUCUCUUUCAUUCUGUUUAUCUCUUUCUCUUUUUUUAUCCUUUCUCUCUGUUACUCUCUUUUACGCUUCUCGAUCCAUCCAUCCAUCAAUCUACCCAUUCGUCUGCUUGCUUUAACCCUCUUUACUAUAAUCGAAUCAAAACUGGACUUGGCCGCGUUUUCCAUCCACUUCUUUCUCUUCUACGACAAACUCGAGGUCACUUCAUCGAGAGGAUGCGCGUUCUAUCGACGGUGGAUCGACGCCUCGAAAACUCGGAAGAACGGUUGAUGCAUCGUGCAAAGUUGAAUCUUGAAAUGAAAGUUUAAUCGAGAUCGUCGCGGCUUCUCGUUCCCACGGCAACGCGUAGCUCUCUCGACGAACUGCACGAUGCCGAGAGCUUGAUAGAAAGCGACAGUAUCUGGAAGAGGACCGUCGGGAACGCGGCUCUGCGUUCGUCGUUGUCGAGUGAAGCAGAGGCGAGAAUUAAAUCUCAUCGAGAUCAAGAUCGUACGAGGACUGACAAAUUUGAAAUAUCUCGACAAGAUCGGAUUAGGAGAUAUCAAUUCUUAGAACGUUAUCCUUUCUAUAAACUUUGACGAGCUCUUUUAUCGGGAUAAAAUGUCGCGUUGUGAGAUCGAGCGAGGAAAUGGUUCAAAGGGUUCUAUAUUUUUCUUCGUCAACAAUUUUAUUCAACUCCGGAACGAAUUUAUAUAAGAAAUUUCACGCUGUCCAAACGAUCGAAUUGGUCAUCGUACGAGCCAUCUGAAUUAAUUCUGGCAUGAGAGACGAACCACUUGGAAAAAGAACACCGUGGAUGCAGCCUGGAAUAGGAGUAGGUGGUGGAGGAGGAGGAGGAGGAGGAGGAGGAUGUAGAGGAGGAGGAGGAGGAAGAGGCGGUGGCACGGCCCACGUGGCUGGAACAGCCGACGAUGAGGCUCCGAAAGAUCCAGGCGCCCGUAUUACCCACCAAUCCUACACCGAAAAGGAUUAUGAAGGUCACCGUGCACAUACGGUCUAUGUGGGCGUACAUUUACCCGGCGAGAGAAGACAUCGUCGACACCAUAAACACCAUCAUUCUCAACGGCAAUCGUAUGGUGAUACUAAAGAGGAUAUCGACAACGAAAGACCUAGACAAUUGGUGAUGACGCGCAGGGCUCGUCUCGCGAGCAUUUGCGACCCCGACGGCGAGAUGAUAUUCACGCCGCCGGCUCAGAGAGUGCAAUUUAUUCUUGGCGAGGAAGUCGGGAACGAUGCUCACGAAUCGCAUCCUCUCUUUUCCGAGAUGGAAGAACUCGUCAAGGAUGGAGAUGAAAUGGAGUGGAAGGAAACCGCGAGAUGGAUCAAGUUCGAGGAAGACGUUGAAGAAGGUGGAAACAGAUGGAGUAAACCGCACGUAGCAACGUUAUCGUUACAUUCGCUCUUCGAACUGAGAAGUUUACUUUUGAAUGGUACCGUGAUGCUCGACAUGGAGGCCAAUAGUCUCGAGCAGAUAGCCGAUCUCGUUCUAGAUAAUAUGAUCAACAAAGGUGCACUGCCGAUCGAGUCACGGGAAAAGGUAAGAGAAGCUCUUCUAGUGAGACAUCGACAUCAGCACGAGAGACGUAAGGACAACAACAUGUCGAGAUUACCGAUCAUAAGAUCUUUGGCAGAGAUUGGACGUAAUCAUUCGUCAUCAAAGAAAUACGGCUGUACAUGUGGUAUGCAUGCCUUGUUGACGUCAGAUUUGCAGGAGCGUCGCGACGUCGGGGACGCCUAUGCGCCCACCGUUGGCCGCAGCAGCAGUUGUCCAAACUCAAAUACGGCCCUACUUUCGAAAGAGACGAAAGAUCUUAAAGGGCCAUACCUUCUGGUACCAGGUCAAGAACCAGGUGCCAAUGGAAUUGAUCGAAGUCCGAGCAGCGUUUCGAUCAGCAGAAAUCACAGUUCUUCCGCUUUGGAAAACGGAGAUGCCAAUCAUAGGGGUAACACGCAUUUCAUGAGAAAGAUACCGGCCGGUGCCGAAGCGAGCAACAUUCUCGUGGGUGAGGUCGAUUUUCUAGAUAAGACCCUGUCCGCCUUCAUACGACUCAGUCAAGCAGGAAUAAUGGGUGAUCUAACGGAGGUACCUGUGCCAACGAGAUUCAUCUUCGUUCUUUUAGGACCUAUGGGUGGAAUUUCGGGUUUCCACGAAAUUGGACGGGCAAUGGCGACGCUAAUGUCCGACGAGGUCUUCCACGAUGUCGCAUACAAGGCCAAAAAUAGGAACCACCUUCUCGCGGGUAUCGAUGAAUUUUUAGACGCAGUGACCGUCUUGCCUCCGGGCGAAUGGGAUCCUACCAUCAGGAUAGAACCACCGGCUGCCAUACCGUCGCAAGACGUAAGGAAAAGGCCAAAGGAGGAAAAGCCAAAGGAAGAUGCCGACGAGGAGGCCGACGAACAGAAACUGAGAGAAGAAUCCGGUUUAUCCAGAACGGGAAGGCUUUUCGGUGGUUUGAUAAACGACGUGAAAAGAAAGGCGCCAUUCUACUUUUCCGAUUUCAAAGACGCGCUGGCUCUACAAUGCGUCGCAUCCUUCAUUUUCUUAUACUUUGCCUGUCUCUCGCCCAUCAUAACCUUCGGUGGUCUUCUGAGCGAGGCCACGGGAAAGAACAUGGCCGCGAUGGAAUCGUUGGUAUCCGGAUUCGUUUGCGGGCUUGGAUAUGGACUCUUCUCGGGACAACCGCUAACUAUUUUAGGAUCAACCGGACCGGUCUUGGUCUUCGAGACGAUCGUCUAUGAAUUUUGCAAGCAAUCCGAUUGGAAUUACAUGUCCUUUCGCUUUUGGAUCGGUACGUGGACGACCCUCAUUUUGUUAACACUCGUAGCCCUUGACGCGAGCGCCUUCGUCUGCUACAUAACCCGAUUUACCGAAGAAAAUUUCGCCACUCUCAUCGCUUUCAUUUUUAUUUACAAGGCUGUGGAAAACGUCCUCUCGAUCGGCAAAAAGUAUCCUAUAAAUACUCACGCCAACGAUCCUUUGGUUUUCGAAUGCUGGUGCAAACCACCGAACGAUAGCUCCUCCUAUGGCAUCGAGAACGUAAAUUGGACGACGCUGGAUCGGACAACGUGUCAGAAUUACAACGGCACGCUUAUAGGAGAGGGUUGUAACGUACCGCAAUACGUACCCGAUGUGUUCCUCAUGUCAAUUAUCCUUUUCAUGGGCACCUUCUUGUUAUCCAUCGAGAUGAAGGACUUUAAGAAUGCUCUUUUCUUUCCGUCGAAGGUCAGACAAGUGUUGAGCGAUUUUGCCGUUAUAAUCGCGAUCUUCUCGAUGUCCUUGUUGGAUCACUUCGUGGGUAUCCCAACGCCAAAGUUAGAAGUACCUGAAGAAUUCAAGCCGACCCUGGAAGGUCGGGGAUGGAUGAUUUGGCCUUUUCAAAAUAAUCCAUGGUGGAGCGCCAUCGUGGCUAUUCUACCCGCUCUCUUGGGCACUAUACUGAUCUUUAUGGAUCAGCAGAUAACGGCGGUGAUCGUUAAUAGGAAAGAAAAUAAGUUGAAGAAAGGAUGCGGCUAUCAUCUGGACCUGUUUAUCCUGGCAAUCCUGAUAGAGGUCUGUUCGAUUAUGGGCUUACCGUGGUUCGUGGCGGCUACCGUGCUUUCGAUAAAUCACGUGAACUCGUUGAAAUUGGAGUCGGAAUGCGCAGCGCCAGGCGAGAAGCCACAAUUUUUAGGCGUUCGAGAGCAAAGAGCUACGCACAUACUGAUCUUUCUCAUGAUCGGCUGCUCCGUUCUCCUGACGCCGAUGCUCAGGCACAUACCGAUGCCAGUACUAUUCGGCGUCUUCCUUUAUAUGGGUGUGGCGUCACUUAAGGGACUCCAAUUCUUCGAUAGAAUACUCAUCAUGCUUAUGCCGGUCAAGUACCAGCCCGACUACAUGUUCCUUCGGCAGGUGCCGUUAAAACGCGUCCACGUAUUCACAGCGAUACAACUGACUUGUCUGGCCUGUCUAUGGAUCAUCAAGUCGUUUAGCACUACCUCCAUUCUAUUUCCAUUGAUGCUCGUAGUGAUGAUUGGCAUUCGCAAGUCCCUCGAUUUGAUCUUCACUCAGCGAGAAUUGAAGAUACUCGACGACGUGAUGCCGGAACCGAGCAAGAAGCACGCCGACGAUCUUCGCCAAUUGGAGAGCGGCGAGGAACAUCAGAAUUAUCCCAUCGGUUAUGGAGCACCGGAUAACAUUCAAAUAUCUAUGGCAAAUGGAAAUAUUAUGAAGAUUCCAUUGGCGAGCAUCAAUAUCAGCGAGGAAGUCAAUAAGAGUGGGAUUUGGCAACAAGUUAAUGAGAGUAACGAGAAGCAGAAACAACCGAAAUUAAUAAACGUAAGCAAAUCGAAGAAGCAUCCCAAGAAGGAAGGCUCGUUGCUGGUCGACGAAACGACAAGGCUGACGACGAUGACGGAGGAAGACGAAGAUGACAAUGGCAUAUCGAUCAAGGUAGAUCUUAUACGAUCGAAGGAGAGUAUCAUCGGCCCAUUGAAAGUAAAUGGCACUACGUCGGCAGAGACAUCCGUUUAACGAGUACGAUAUCUUACGAGAUAUCGUCUCCAAUUCAAAAAGUAAAUUCGUAUUUGGUAAAAUUUUGGGGGAAAAAAAAUAUAUAUAUACAUAUAUAUAUACGUGUAUAUAUAUGUAUAUAUAUAUAAUUAUUUUCAGGUGACUUUUUAUAUGAAACGAUUAGAUUAGACGAAAAUCUUAGUUACAUUAAAUACCGUUCCACACAGUAUAUAUAUAUAUAUAUAUAUAUAUAUAUAUAUAUAUAUAUAUAUAUAUAUAUAUGCAUAGUACGAUGGACCUCGCGAUCUUAACUGAAAUUGCCUUUAUUUAACAAACAAUAAAAGAAGAUCAAAAUGAUUUUAAGAACGUCGAUCAUCAUACAAUCGUACGUUAUUAGAAGGUAUAAGUUUCUUUUAUACGAGGCAUUACUUUCGGAGAAAUUUUUUCAUGCAACGUUGUCAUUUGUCAUUAACAACAGCCAAGGAAUUUAGAAUCGUUUCGAUAAACAUUUAACAUUUUUGCAAUAGCAUUUAUUACGUGUUUCGAGUAUAUCAAAAGAUAGAAAGCGGAUAGAGGAUCGUUCGCAUUAUUCAUUGUAUACAAAUACAUGCAUACGAUAUAUACACAUAUGCAGGUACUAUAGUACAUACAUACAUACAUACACACUUACACAUAAUACGUUGAGAAACCGACAAUACUUACGCUUCUUUUCGUGUUAUAUCACGAUAAGAUAGUAUCGAAGUUGGUCGAGAUUAGAUUGGUUGAAGAAUAUUAUGCUGAAGUAAAAUCCAAAGAGAGUAAAGCAAACUAUUAGGAAAUAACGAGAAAGCGACAGAUACUUGUUUUGAUCGUUAGUUAGUACGAAUAAGGUGUUUAGUCGAUAAAUCGAUCGAUGAUCCAACGUACCGAUUAACGUAUUAAGUAUUCACAUUUUAGAGGCUUAGCAAAUUUUACGACUAAGAGAUUGAAUGUAUAUAGUAUAUAUGUACGAAUAAAAAAAAAACAAAAAAAAAACAAAAAAAAAGGUAAAUAAAUAAAUAAACAAAAAAGAAGCAAAAGAAAAAAAAAUUGAGAGAAGGGAUACUGUAUAAACAUGAGACGUUUAAAGUUUAGGCGAAUGCUAUUCAAUCGAUGUAUUCAUAUCUCUGUCGUAAUUAUUUAUAAAUUCUGUUCUGAAUAAUGAAA